AUGUUUUUAGAACGUCUUUCUGCCGAUGUCCAAACGAUCCUGGCAUCCGCUUCCGAUGAUCUAACGACUUCUAAGCUGGCGGAAAUAGCGGACAGGGUGAUUGAAGUGCAGCGCUUCCAGCCGCCCUGCAUUGCCCUAAUCUCUACAUUCUCUUCGUCAGUGAAUGAGCAGCUUGUGCAGCAGGUUUCAGCCUUGGCGACCGAGCUGGCCUCUCUGAAACUCUAG